CCAAGAUGGCGGACGAGGAAGCUAAAAACGACAAAGGGUUAGAAGGUACAGAAAAACAAACUGAAAAUCGCCAAACUGUACCUCCUAACGGCACCAAGACAAAAGCAGAUAGUAGUAAAAAUGGUGAAAAGCAAAAAGUUGAAGUACUCCUAAAAGCAGCUGGGGAUGCACCAAUAAUGAAGAAGAAGAAGUGGACAGUCGAAGGAACUAAAACGAUUGCAUAUCUGAUUGAAUUUAUAAAGAAGUACAUCAGAUGUGAACCAUCAGACUCACUGUUUCUGUAUGUUGGACAAGCAUUUGCUCCUUCUCCAGAUCAAGUUGUUUCCAAUCUUUAUGAAUGUUUUGGAGCUGAUGGAAAACUAGUUUUACAUUACUGUAAGAGUCAAGCCUGGGGAUAAUCUUAUAGAAUACUGAAAAGCAAAAUAAACUCAUGUAAAUAAUGCAGGCAAUAUUAAAUUUCAUAAAAAAAGACUAGAACUCAGCAAUUGAAAGAUGAAGUACUUCCAGUCCAGUGUAAAAAUAUACAAUGCAAUGAAAAUCCUAACUGGAGAUAUAGAAGACAUGAAGCCAAUGAUCAUUAGAUUUAAAGAGAAGGGAUGGAUGGACAGACAGAAGAUAGACAGAUUAAUAGAUAGUGGGACAGACAGACAGACACACAGGUAGACAGAUUAUACAGUAAGAUAAACAAAAAGAUAAACAGAAGAGAAGUUUGUACAAAUAAUGCUUCAAAUUUCAUUUGAAAUACAAGGCUGUUUUUAUCAACAAAA